AUGCACCAGCUACGAAGACCACUCGACGCGCUUCUCAAGAAGGAUGCCAAGUUCGUUUGGAACAACGACUGCCAGAAGUCUUUCCAGAGAUUCAAAGAAGUGCUCCAGUCAGAUCUUCUCCUAACGCAUUACGACCCGACUCUGGACAUCAUCGUAGCAGCGGACGCAUCCCAGUCAGGAAUUGGAGCCUGCAUCAUGCACAAGUUUCCCAACGGCGCUCUCAAAGCGGUGGCACAUGCAUCCCGUUCCCUCACCGAUGCUGAAAAACGUUACGGACAGGUGGAGAAGGAAGGUCUAGCCCUGGUAUUCGCUGUAACGAAGUUCCACCGGAUGCUGCUUGGACGGAAGUUUACGCUACAAACGGAUCAUCAGCCGCUCUUGAGGAUAUUUGGAUCGAAAAAGGGGAUUCCAAUCCACACCGCCAAUCGCUUACAACGCUGGGCACUGACGCUUCUGUGUUACGAUUUCGACAUCCAGUAUGUAUCCACCACCCAGUUCGGAAAUGCCGAUGUUCUUUCCCGUCUCAUCAGCGGUCAUUCAAGACCGGAGGAAGAUUUAAUCAUCGCUUCAAUCCAACUGGAAGAUGACAUUGAAGUACCUCUUCAAGAAGCAGUCGGAUUACUUCCUGUGACGUUUGACAUGGUACGUGACACUACAACGAAAUGCUCCGUUCUCCAGCAAGUUGUCAAGCACAUCGAAAAUGGAUGGCCUACUCACAUCAAGGACAUUACAAACCCCGAUGUUCGACCGUUCCACACCCAUCAGGACGCCCUGGAAUUGGUAAAGGGAUGUGUUAUGCUUGGAAACCGAUUGGUGAUUCCUGAAACAUUGCGAAAACGGAUUCUGAAGCAGCUCCAUAGAGGACAUCCAGGGAUGGAAAGGAUGAAAGCUCUCGCUAGAAGUCACGUCUACUGGCCCAAAAUCGACGACAGCAUUUCCGAUUACGUCAAGCAGUGCGACAAAUGCGCUACUCAUUCGAAGACACUUCCGAAAGUUCCUCUGCAAUCAUGGCCGCUCGCACAAUCUCCUUGGGAACGCAUCCACAUAGAUUUUGCUGGUCCAGUCAAUGGCCUGCAUUUUCUAGUAGUAAUCGACGCCUUAUCCAAGUGGCCGGAAAUCAGCAUUGUACGCUCACCGACCACAGCAGCAGUCAUCAAUUUCCUGGACGAAGUGUUUGCUCGCUUUGGAGUUCCAAUCACCAUCGUAUCCGACAACGGCACACAAUUUUCAUCGGCGCAGUUCGCGGAAUUCUGCAAGAAGAACGGAAUCCAACAUUUGAGAAUCCCUCCGUAUCAUCCGCAGUCGAACGGCCAGGCGGAACGCUUUGUAGAAACCUUGAAGACAGCUUUGCUCAAGAUUAACGAGGGGGAAAAGAUCUCCGAGUCACUGCAAAUCUUCCUUCAAGCCUACAGAACAACCCCAAGUCGUAUCCUGAAUGGAAAAACUCCGUCUCAACUGAUGAUCGGAAGGAACAUGCGGACAGUCCUGAGUCUACUCCAACCACGACAGCCGAUGACCCCAAUCAUCAAUCAACGACAAAAUGAUCAGUUCAACCGGAAACAUGGCGUAGUACCUAGGAAUCUACAAGCUGGUGAUGCAGUUUAUGCCAAGGUCUACCAAUCCAAUUCAAAAUGGAAAUGGGCUCCCGGAGUCAUUAUUGAUGUCAUUGGGCAAGUAAACUUUAAUGUUCUAUUGGACGAAUGGCAUGGCCGACGGAAGUUGAUCCGUUCACAUGCCAACCAAAUCAUGCAUCGCUUUGACGACCAACAACCAACAAAGGAACCAACGGAGAAAUCUUCCCUCAACAUAUUCGUGGACGAGUUUGGACUGCAGGAUAAUUUCCAACAAAAUGAAGUCACUACCGUUGCUCCUCCAGAACCAGCACCAGACCAAGAAGUUCCCAUUGAUGCCACUGAUGAUGACGAAGCACUACCAGAAAUGGAAGUAAGCCUGCCGGAAUCAAUUCAGCAUCCACAACCUGAUGAGGAAGCCUCUACGAGUCGGCCCAGGCGAAUGAUCCAGAUGCCAUCUAGACUGGAACCUUUCCUAGUAUUCUGGAAAUAA